GUGACGAUCACGCGCUGAUUUUUCUCAACCAACCAUAAAGACAUUGGCACCCUUUAUCUAGUAUUUGGUGCCUGAGCCGGAAUAGUCGGCACAGCCCUUAGCUUAUUAAUCCGGGCGGAACUAGCACAACCCGGAGCCCUUUUAGGAGACGACCAGAUUUAUAAUGUUAUUGUUACUGCACACGCCUUCGUAAUAAUCUUCUUUAUAGUAAUACCAAUUAUGAUUGGUGGCUUCGGAAACUGACUAGUACCACUAAUGCUGGGGGCCCCUGAUAUAGCAUUCCCACGAAUAAAUAAUAUAAGCUUCUGACUACUACCCCCAUCAUUCCUAUUGCUACUCGCCUCAUCAGGUGUUGAAGCAGGGGCUGGGACAGGGUGAACAGUAUAUCCACCCCUUGCAGGAAACCUCGCACAUGCAGGAGCUUCCGUAGAUUUAACUAUUUUCUCCCUACAUCUAGCAGGUGUCUCAUCAAUUCUUGCAUCUAUUAAUUUCAUUACAACUAUUAUUAAUAUGAAACCCCCAGCUAUUUCACAAUAUCAAACACCUUUAUUUGUCUGAUCAGUAAUGAUUACAGCAGUACUCCUACUGCUUUCCCUCCCCGUACUAGCAGCAGGAAUUACCAUGCUAUUAACGGACCGAAAUCUAAAUACUACAUUCUUUGACCCUGCCGGGGGAGGGGACCCAAUCCUCUACCAGCAUCUCUUCUGAUUCUUCGGACACCCAGAAGUAUAUAUUCUAAUUCUACCAGGUUUCGGAAUAAUUUCCCAUAUUGUAGCCUACUACUCGGGCAAAAAAGAACCAUUCGGCUAUAUAGGAAUGGUUUGAGCCAUGAUAGCAAUCGGCCUUCUAGGGUUCAUUGUCUGAGCCCAUCACAUAUUCACAGUAGGAAUAGAUGUAGACACCCGAGCAUACUUUACGUCUGCAACAAUAAUCAUUGCAAUUCCAACAGGUGUAAAAGUAUUUAGCUGAUUAGCCACACUACAUGGGGGAUCUAUUAAAUGAGAAACUCCAAUACUUUGAGCCCUAGGAUUCAUCUUCCUAUUCACCGUAGGUGGACUUACCGGAAUCAUAUUAGCCAACUCGUCCCUAGAUAUCAUAUUACAUGAUACCUACUACGUAGUUGCCCACUUCCACUACGUACUAUCAAUAGGAGCUGUCUUUGCCAUUAUAGGAGCCUUUGUACACUGAUUCCCCCUGUUUACAGGAUACACAAUACAUGAUACAUGAACAAAAAUCCACUUCGGAACAAUAUUUGUAGGAGUAAACUUAACAUUCUUCCCACAACACUUCCUAGGCCUAGCCGGAAUACCACGCCGAUACUCAGACUACCCCGAUGCCUAUUCACUAUGAAACAUCAUUUCCUCUAUUGGAUCAAUGGUAUCUAUAGUAGCAGUUGUAAUAUUCCUAUUUAUUCUAUGAGAAGCAUUUGCCGCAAAACGAGAAGUUCUAUCUGUUGAACUAACUGCCACAAACGCAGAGUGACUCCACGGAUGUCCACCACCAUACCACACAUUUGAAGAACCUGCUUUUGUACAAGUACAAACUAACUAA